UUCCAGUGAAGCCUUUAAAACACGGUUGCUGGUUCUGGUUUAGUUAAACCGGCAUCAUGGUGUCAAAGAGAGACAUUCUGGUGGCUGUUUUUGUUUUUGCCCUCGUCUCACAGAGUGAGGGUAUAAUUGGUGGCAGAGAGGCAGUGCCACACUCUCGGCCGUACAUGGCCUCCAUCCAGGUGCCAGAAGGAGAGAAUAUGAAACAUGAGUGUGGAGGGUUUGUGAUUGCAGAUCAGUGGGUGAUGACUGCAGUACACUGUCUGCCAACAGGGCCAAAUGGAAGGAGAGUAGUGCUGGGUCUCCAUUCUCUGACUGAACCUGAAGAGACAAAGCAGACAUUUGAUAUUUUGGAACUUUACAAUCACCCACAAUUCAGCACGACAAAUUAUAAUAAUGACAUUGCUUUAAUUAAGUUGGAUCGUCCAUUUAACGCCUCUGACGCUGUUAGAGCACUGGAAUUCAUGAGAUCAGGUGGCACAAACCCUGACACAGGUGCAGAGGUUGAAACAGCCGGCUGGGGAUCCACUGAUAACCUAGGGUCCAGACCAGACAAGCUCAAGGAGGUGGUCAUGGAUGUGUUCAGCUGGAAACGGUGCAGGCGCAGCGACUACUUUGGCUCAAAGCUCACCAAUAACAUGAUGUGUGCACAUAAAAUAUGCCCAGAACCCUGUGAUCAACCACACAAGAAGGAAGACAGUUGUGAUGGUGAUUCUGGAGGUCCUCUGCUCUACAAUGGCAUUGCAGUGGGAAUCACUUCCAACGGAGGAAUGAAGUGUGGUCAAAUGAAAAAGCCUGGAAUUUACACUGUCAUCUCCCACUACACCGAGUGGAUUGACAACACCAUGGCUGUGCAGCCUCCUACACAGGACCCGAGCAGUUAAAUAAACGAAAGCCAGCAUUGUAAUUCUUAGCAGCAGCCCUUUUUUCGCCUGCUUAUAUUGAGUCACUCAUUAUUCUACCUGAAUAUGAAUGUAAUAUGUUUAUAUGUGUAUAUAAGUGUUCCUUUCUCAUCUCAAACUAAUGCAUGGCUCUAUAGAACCCCAGGAUGGUGAAUAUACUAUAUCCACCUAUGCAAACACAUUAGCCAGAAUUGUAUAUCACACCUUUUUUUUAUUCUUUCUUUUUUUAUCAAAUCACUUUAUAGAAGAAUCAAUAAAAUACAGUUGAUCACAUACAAA